GUAAUUUGGACUACGAAUUCCACGGACAUUUUUCACGACUCGGUCAUUCGACAGUGUCGGUACCCUUGGAUCAGAAAUUACAAAUUCAUCUAUGUCAAGGACGAAUGUCACGCCGCCCGUGAAUUCGCCCUUUUGAGUGCGUGCAGUUUCCUGCUGGUCACAAUGAACAUCUUGCUUAUUUUGGUCACUGGAUAUUCGGUGAAUAAGUUAAAGGAUAUGGCACCUCGGUCUUUUACAGACGAGACUGUGCGAAGGUUCUAUCAGAAAGACUUACCGGAGGUCAUUGGGAACUACGAUUGCCUACACAAACUGGAUGCUGGUGACCUGGCUAUUCGUGCCUACAAGGAAUACUUGCGAGUGAAUCAAAUCAAUCCGGAUCAGUUAAGCGCCGAAGAAUCAAAGCAAAUCGCUUCGGAUUAUUGUGCGGUGAUGCAAGGUGUCGGCAGGGAUCAGCAUAUCAGAACAAUCACUGCCGAAAGUGGUCAGGAAGCCUCUCAGUUUCUUCAAUCAUUCAUUCAACGGUCAGAAAUAUUAGCCGAAGGAGAGGUCGCACGUAUUCAUGGCUACCCAUUUGGACGACUGAUCAGCGACAGGAAUGGUUCGCUUGCUGGAGGCCUCCCUACAGGCGUCUACAAUAACCAUCAUACAAUUGCAUGUAACGACUUUCUGUUCAAUAAUCUAUCUCUUGGAGAGAUAAGAGGAUUUAAUGCGUUUUCUGCAACGGAGACUCUAGUGAACAAACCAGCCACACUGAAGCGUUUACGUCAGUUGGAACGGUUAGGUGAAAGAGACGAUGAGAAUGCGGAAUCCAUUGAGAUGAGGCACAACCCAUCAUCCGGGCUUUCUGUAUGUUCCUCACAAGACCAAGCGCAGCAACAACAGGUGGGCAAGUUCCAUGUAGUCCCCACACAACUCUCCAUGGACAGAAUGGAAUCUGCCUGUGAAGGCGAACAGAUCGACCGUGUUUGA